AUGUCAAUAUUAAUUUCUGUUAUUGAAAAAUUUACAUUAUCUUGUACUGAAGAUAAUGAAGUUGGCGAUGAUAAUGAUGAACUUUAUAAUUUUCUAUUUAAUUAUUAUAUCUCAUUAGAUAUCAUUAAUGAUUAUAUACAAGCUAUUCAACAACUUGAUAGAACAAUAUUAAAUGAUAAUUAUAAAUGGUUAUUAUUUACUGGUUUUAAUUCAAUAAUCGAUCUUAAUUAUUAUAAUAAUGAACGUCGAGAUAUAUUAUGUAAAUUUUGGUUAUCAAAAUAUGAAUGGAUAUUAAAAAAAUUAUUAUUAUCAUCAUCAAAAACAAAUUCAUUACCAUUAAAUGGAAUAAAAUAUUUACUUACGAAUAUAAUUCGAAUACAAAUAACAAUAGAAAAUAUUACAAAUCAUCUUAUGACACAAGAUAUACGAUUUUAUAAUUUUAAUCAAAAAAAUGAAUAUUUAUCUAUUAUAAAAAUGAUAUUACCUUUAUAA